GUAUUAUCGCGUAAUGCACUUUUCUGAGCUUUCGUCGCGCGGUCACACUUGUAGAAUUGUUUUUUUUCGCGAAUUCAAUUGCAGUUUUUUCGCAACCUUUUAAAUUAAGAGCAAUAAUCGAAAGGGCCAUUUAACAGUGUUUCCUAUAGACCGCAGCUCCGGGGAAACGGGCGAAAAAAUCAUGACCGAGAAGUACGACGGCAACGGUGACUUUUCCGCCUUCAACGACGAUGACAACGACUUUGGCGGCAAGCCUCGCAAGCCUGGUGGCUCCAUAGGAGCACCAGGUGGCGCCCACAAUGGCGACGCUUCCGCCCACGAUCACGGUCAUCAUGGCGGAGAUCCUGGCGGCAAUGUCCAGAUAAACGAGAAGGCCAAUGAGUACAUACGCGAUUGUAUGGCGGAACGAAAUCGCAUGGACAGAAAGUUUCCCAUUGCCGAAAAGCUGCUAGAAGGCGAAAUUGAAAAGGUUCAGACAACAGGAAGGAUCCCUUCCAGAGAGCAAAAAUAUGCCGAUAUCUAUAGAGAGAAGCCGCUGCGGAUCUCACAACGUGUUUUGGUUCCCAUUAGAGAACAUCCCAAGUUCAACUUCGUGGGCAAACUGCUGGGGCCCAAGGGCAACUCCCUUCGCCGCCUUCAGGAGGAGACCCUUUGCAAGAUGACCGUCCUGGGCCGUAACUCCAUGCGCGAUCGUGUCAAAGAAGAGGAACUCCGCAGCUCCAAGGAUCCCAAGUACGCUCACCUCAACAGCGACCUGCACGUGGAGAUAUCGACAAUAGCGCCGCCCGCCGAAGCCUACGCCCGAAUUGCCUACGCCAUGGCCGAGCUGCGAAAGUAUUUGAUUCCAGACAGUAACGACAUCAUCCGGCAGGAGCAGCUGCGCGAGUUGAUGGACAGCACUAGCCUAAAUGACAACGAUAAUGCCAAGAGUGGCUAUAAGAAGACGUCUCAUAUGCAGGGAGGUAACAGUGCCAUGGGUGGCGGCUCAAUUAACCCGAUUGGAGGGGUUAAGAACACCCCACAUCACAGUUAUAGGGGCUCACAGCAGUCAUCUUUUAGCAAAAAUGUGCUGGCCCCAAAGCAGAAAGUGAUGUCCAUAUUGGAAAAAGCCAGGACGGCCAUGGACGAAACCUAUGGUCGGGGCUAUGACGACGGCCUUGGUUAUGAUCCUCACCAGUCGUACGAUAGCUACUCGUAUGGCACUCAUGGCCAUGGACCCCAUGGACCGCCAGCUAACAUUCUAGGCGGGGUGGGCGGCAUCAGCGGCGGCGGAGGCCGGGGUGGACACUACGAAAGCUCCGACUACGAGCCGGAUUAUGGGAGACGAGAAUACUAUCAGCACUCGCCUGGAUAUUCUGCUGGCGGCGGCGGAGGUGUAGGUCUGGGCUCUGGCGGCGCUUCACAAUCAAAUGCCAUCGGCGGCUCUGGUCUCAGUUCCAAUCACAAUCGCAGCCAUGUUAACAGGUGAAAUUUGCUGGACCCUAGCAGCGCCAGCGGAGGUCGAGCUACAAACCCAGCGGCAACCCCCCAGAAUUUGACCAUGAAAUCCCAACCCAAUAGCAGCAACAACUUUUUGCCAAAUCACGGAGCAAGUGAGUGCCAAAACGGCAAGAACAUAAAUCCCAACUACUACUACAAUUCCAACGGCAGUUCCAAGCUAAAUCAGCCACAACUUCAACAGUCGCAACCAAAUCUCCCACCGCAGCUAUCAGGCCACAACAACAGCAGCAAUAGCAGCCGCGUCAGCAAUAUCAUUAACACCAGUAGCCACAAUAAUUGCAAUAGCAACUUUCACCCAGUCGGUGACAAAAACUCCAACGACGUUUCAUUUAUAUCCUCCUAUCGACUCGGUCCAAUGGAUGGCCAAAAGAGUGCCAACAGCAACAAUAUCAACAAUCACACAUUAGGCAGUAAAAACCACAGCAACAACACCACCACAACCGCUUCAGUGCCCAAUAUGCUCUUAGUAAGACCUGCUAAUCCUUCGCUACAUAUUGGCACAUUUCCGUUCUUGCCCGUGCAGUUUUUCUGAACCCAACAGAUACAAGAACUACAACCAGAACAAGCAAAUCGAAAAUCACAUCAACAUCACAGAAACUUUGUACACUUGAGUUCAUAAGAUUAGAGGAAGGCGUAGGAGGAGGAGUAUUUACAAAAUGGACAAAAUGAACUUUACGAUAUAUACCACAUACAAAACAUAUACAUAACAAAUAUAUUUAUACAUAUA